AACAUAAUCAAUAAAGACUGGUGACGUGCAAGAACCGUCUGGUAAAAGUAACGAUAUAAAGUACAACGGUAGGUGGCGAUAACACUGUGUGAAAGAGUAGAAGAAGAAGAAGAAGGAGAAGAAGGAGACGAAGAAGAAGUCGGAGGAAGCAGGAAGUGGUUGUCAACACAGACUGUCCAGCUUGUAAGAGUUUAAAGAACAUAAUUAACUCUUGACAGUCAGUUUGUGUGUGAAUCCAGCAUCACUCUGACCCGCGUUAAUGAGUCCGUGUCCCUGACGAACCGCCAGCAGCUCCUUUAGACCUCACAGCAGCCGUCCAACAUGGCGGCGGUAGACGUGGAGGACGAGAGUAUUCUAGCGUCGAUCUUUAAGGACAGCUUCCCGGACAGCUGGAGGGACAACCCGGACUUCGCGGCCUACCUGUCCGAGCUGAGCUCCUUCGGGGUGGAGAAGCUGAGCCGGGAGCCGGAGCGGCUGGCGGAGGAGCGGGCUCAGAUCCUGCAGCAGACCCGGGAGCUGGCCUUCUCCAACUACCAGACCUUCAUCCGCACCGCAGACUGCACCGAGCACAUCUACCGAGACUUCGGCCGGGUGGAGAGCAGCGUGUCUCGGCUGCUGGACAAGCUGCCCAGCUUCGGGGAAAGAUGCAGGGGGUUCAUGAAGGAGGCGGAGGAGAUCGGAGCGAGCCGCCGGAUGAACAGCCUUACUUUGAACCGCCACACUGAGAUCCUGGAGAUCCUGGAGAUCCCUCAGCUCAUGGACACCUGCGUCCGCAACGGGUACUACGAGGAGGCUCUGGAGCUGGCGGCGUACGUUAAGAGGCUGGAGAAGAAACACUCGUGUCUGCCCGUCAUCCAGGGGAUCGUGCGUGAGGUGCGUCAGUCCACUCAGCUGAUGCUCAACCAGCUGCUGCAGCAGCUGCGAAGUAAUUCGCAGCUUCCAGUCUGCCUGCGUGUGAUUGGCUACCUGCGGAGGAUGGACGUGUUCACAGAGGCGGAGCUGCGAGUGAAGUUCCUGCAGGCUCGUGGCACCUGGCUGCACUCGAUCCUCGCUGCCAUCUCUGAAGAUGACCCUUACUUCCACAUCACCAAAACCAUCGAGGCCUGCAGAGUCCACCUGUUCGACAUCAUCACGCAGUACAGAGCCAUCUUCUCUGACGAGGACCCGCUGGUGCCGCCCGCCGGUGGGCAGGUGAACGAAGCCGCCAUCUUCCACGGUUGGGUGGUGCAGAAGGUGGCAGAGUUCCUGGAGACUUUAGAGAGGGACCUGCAGCGGGGUGUGGGGGGCCGCCUGGACUCCCUCCUGGGUCAGUGCAUGUAUUUCGGCCUGUCCUUCAGCCGGGUCGGGGCGGACUUCCGCGGACAGCUGGCGCCCAUGUUCCAGCGGGUGGCGGCGGAAACGUUCCGCAGAGCCGUGCAGGAGGCGGUGGAGAAGUUCCAGGAGGACAUGAACCUGUACACACUCAUCGCCCUGCCCUCGGUACUGGGCGGGACCAUCCCCCCCGCGGCCCCCAGCACCCAGCCCGGCACCCUGCAGCCCCCCAUGUCCCUGCUGGACUUCCAGCCGCUGGCCUGCUUCCUCAACAACAUCCUGACCGCCUUCAACGACCUGCGGCUCUGCUGCCCCGUCGGUCUCGCCCAGGACGUCACCAGAUGUCUGGAAGACGCCCUGAAGAAGGUGACCCGUCAGAUUCUGGUGUUUCACCGGGCCGAGGAGUCGGCCUUCAGCAGCAGAGAGAAGGAGCUGUUCGAUCAGUUCUGCUGUUCGUACGCUGACGACCUGCUGCCGUUCCUCAACCGCUGUCUGCAGGUUCUGUUUCCUCCGGCUCAGCUGGCUCUGGUUCUGGGUGUUCCUCCGACCCAGCUGCACAGGUACGGCAGUCUGGGCUGCGUGGAUCUGGCUGCGGUCCUCGAGCCGCUGGACUUCCUGCUUCCACAGAGAGAGGUGGUACCACCAGGAUCAGAGCCGGAGCUCGACAUCAGCGGCGAACUGAGCAGCCUGACGUUUGAGCCGCAGCUCACAGAACCGCAAACAGGUCCUGACCUCACACCGGACCCAGCACAGACCCAGUCUGGUAUCACAGACUCUGAAGUGACGGAGCCGAGGUCCGAGGAACCAGAUGAAGACACAAUACAGGACCAAGAGUUUUCUUUGGACUAAGACUUCUGCUUAAGGUUCUGUGGGCUGCUGGGGGAGUUUGAAGAAUCAUUUUGGACUCUGGUGUUGGAACUAAAUUAAACACAUUAACUCUUUUUA